AUGUCCGCCGUCGGCACCUCGGGUCUGCAGCGCCGGCGCGGCGGCGCCGGUGCCAAUGGCAGCGCCUCGCCCGCCGCCGGGCCCUCGACGCCCACCGGCUCGGGGCCCGGCGGCGCCUCGGCCUCGGCCGCCGCCGCCGUCGCCUCGGGCGCGCUGGGCAAGGCGGCCCUCACCGGCGACCACCGCAUUGCCUACGACCCGCGCGACCUCGACGACCCGCAGGAGACGCGUGCCCACCCGCGCCUCACGCUCAUGGACGAGUGCCUGCUGCUCGGCCUCAAGGACAGACAGGGCUACCUCUCCUUCUGGAACGACAACAUCUCCUACACGCUGCGCGGCUGCAUCCUCAUAGAGCUGGCGCUGCGCCGGCGCAUCGGCGUGUCGCGCGACGGCGCCGCUCGUGCGCGCCCGCUGUCGGAGCGCCCGCUCGAGCUGCUCGACUCGCGCAUGACGGGCGAGGUGCUGCUCGACGAGACGCUGCGGCUCAUCAAGGGCGCCGAGCCGAUGGGCGCGGCGCAGUGGGUGGACCUGCUUAGCGGCGAGACAUGGAACGUGACGAAGAUCGGCUUCCAGCUCAAGCAAGUGCGGGAGCGAUUGGCAAAGGGACUGGUGGACAAGGGCGUGCUGCGCACCGAGAAGCGCAACUUCCUCCUCUUCGACAUGGCCACACAUCCGGUGGCCGACUCGGGCGCCAAGGAUGCGGUGCUGCGGCGCGUCUUGACGCUGCUGACGUCGCGCAGCGGCACACUGCCGUCGCCCGGCUCGCUGUAUCGCGACGAGGGCAAGGCCGUCUCGGCGCCGGCGACGCGCAGCCUGGCGCUGCUCUGCUGUGCCUUCUCCGCCAACGUGCUCGAAAAUGCCCUCACGCACCUGGCGUACGACGCGCGCGAGGCGGCCUUCCAAAAGGCAGACGACCUGCUGGCCGACUUUGCACAGUGGCCGAUGGCGCCGCGCUCGGGUGCGGCGAUUGGCUCGAACGUUGCUGGCCCAGCGGGAGGCGCGCGCAAGCCGGGCAUCGGCGAGGGAAGCAUGUCGACCGAGGCGCAGGGCGCCGGCGUCUCGACGGCCGAGCUGGCAAAGGCCGUGCGCGCCGAGCUGGUGCGUGGUGAUGCCGGAGAGGCACAGUUCGAGACGAUUGCGGCCGUCUUGCACGUGCUGAGCCGGAUGGACUCAUUACUCUGAGAACCCAAGACGCCUCGCGCGCAGACGUCGAUCUUCUCACGUCGCAUGUCCUUGUGUGCCAGCGCCACCCAUCCGACUCUUCCUGUCUUCCCGCGCUUCCAACUCCUCUGCACCGGCUGCAAUCGUUACCCAAGAGCACAUCACUGCGUGUGCGAGCCGUGAUGUUGCAGAGGCCAGAGCGCACCUACUCAGGAGAGAAUAGCGAAGCGGCUGAUGAUCAUUAGAGGGAGACAUUGCGUUACAGGAGGGUUACAGCAGACUCGCAGCGCGCAGGGUCGCGCCAAGAGAUAAGUCAAGGAGGCCGAGCGCUUAUCCCGAGCCUUCUUUCCAGCGAGCAUCGAUGCCAUCAUCUUCAUCGAGCGUCAUGACUGGCGGGCGCUCCUCUGUCGCCGACAGCGCAGCGUUGCCGUCCUCCGUCUUGCUGCGCUUGC